AUCUGUUUUUCUCAAACAUCUCGUGGCCUCUCUCGCCUCUGUCUUUUAGAUAUCGUGACCAUUCAGCAAGCGCCGAUCAUGUCUGUCGAUCCUACCACCCAACAAGCCAUCCGUGGCCUAGACUUCGCCCGAACACCCGCCCGUAGCAACAGUCAAAGUAGCGAUGAGGCCAAACAAGAGGACGACGUCUCUGUCAAGCUCGAACAAUCGGGCGCUGUCAGUCUCUCUUCGGAUGCUUCGGGAAGCAAGGAUGAAGUCGUCUUCAGCGAGGCGGAGGAUAAGGCGGUGAGGAGGAAGUUGGAUUUGAUCGUCAUGCCGAUCCUUUUCCUAGGGUUCUACGUGUUUCAACUCGAACGAGGCAACAUCUCCAACGCCCUAACAGACAACUUCCUCCCCAACGUCGGCAUAACGCAAGAUCAAUUCAACACCGGCCAAUCCCUCCUCUACCUCGGUAUCAUCCUCCUAGAAAUCCCUAGCAACUAUUGUUUACAGCUCUUAGGGCCGAGUGUAUGGUUGUCCUUCCAGGUCUUUGCGUUUGGGUUGGUAGCUACGUUGCAGGCGUUGCAGAAGGGGUAUGGAGGGUAUUUGGCUUCGAGGAUCAUGUUGGGGGUGGUCGAAUGCGGGUACAUUCCAGGUUCGCUGUACGUAAUCUCGACGUUCUACAAGCGCAACGAGCUGGCAGCAAGGAACUCGGUCUUCUUCCUCGGUUCCGGGUUGGCUUCCGCUACUACGGGAUUGUUGGCGUACGGGUUGUUACCGCUUGGGAAGAGGUAUCCGACGCUUCAUGGGUGGCAAUGGAUGAUGAUCGUCGAAGGAUGUAUGGCCAUCUUCGUAUCCCUUCUCUUCGCCUCCAUCCUCCCCGCCUCGCCUACGAACCCCUCUUCUCUCCUAUUCCCCAAACUCAGCCUCUUCAACGCUAGAGAACGCCAGAUCCUCGUCGCCCGAGUAUACAACGACGAUUCCGCAAAGAAGGAUUCGGGCAAAAAGUUGGGAGUGAAGAAGGAUAUAUUGGGGACAUUGGGGAAUUGGAGGGUCUGGCCGCAUGUCUUGAUGGCCAUCUGUUUGAUUGGGCCUACGGGAGCUAUGGGGACUUAUACGCCGACCUUGAUCAAGGGGUUCAAGUUCGAGACUUUACAAGCCAACGCUUUGUCAUCAGUCGCAGGCUGGAUCUCCCUCGUCGUCACCUUCGCCUUCGGUUACCUUAGCGACAAAACUAGGAUUAGGGGUCCGCUCGUCAUCGCCGCCAUCGGAACUUUCUGGUUAUUCUGGGUCGCUUUUCAACAAAAGUCGCUCUCGACGGACCGGUGGUUGAAGUACGGGCUUCUGAUCAUGGUUCAGGGGUUCAAUGCUGCGUACCAUCCGUUGAAUGCUACGUGGCUUUCAUUGAACUGCGCGACACCUCAACAAAGAUCUGUGGCAAUGGCCAUGUUCGUCAUGGCGGCCAACUCUGGAGCCUUGAUGGGAUCUCAACUGCUUCGAGGCGACGAUGCGCCGCUGUAUCGAAGAGGUUUCAAGAUCUGCGUGUGUCUCGUCAGCCUCGGACUGCUCGUCUCGAUUCUUCAGCAUCUUCAGUAUAGGCUUUCGAACCGGAGGAUCCAGAGUCGACUGAAGGAUGAGCAGACUGAUAUCGAGGGGGACAAGCAGGGACUGCAGACACCGAGGUUGUACACUAUCUAGGGAGAGAGGCUACGAGGAUGUUGCACUACUCACUAUAAUAGGGUUUAUCACAA